AUGUCUAUAAAUCGGGGAUAUGGAUUUUAUGGUGAAGCUCUGGUGGAUCCAGACUUGGACUCGACCUCGUGGCCUACACCACCACUACUAUCGACUAUUUCCAAUACCAUCCCAACACCUCCACCAACACCACUAUUAUUUGAUGGUCCAUCUUUGGAAAUUGAAAAUAUUAAUAAUAAUAAUAAUACAACAUAUGAUCGAUAUAAUAAUUAUUUUUUAAAUUAUAAUUUUAAUAAUAAUCAAAAUAAUAAUAAUAAUAAUAAUGGUUUGCCUUUUUACCUGCCAGAGGUAACCAAUAAUAAUAAUAAUAAUAAUAAUAAUAAUAAUAAUAGUGAUAAUAAUAAUGAUAUAGAGUGGGGUGGGAAUGAUACUAUUGAAAAGAGUAGUCAGCAAGAUUUAUUUAACAACACUACAACACAUCACCUACGGCUACACUCUGUAAUAAUAAUAAUAAUUAAUUAA